AUGUCGACGUCGGCCCCCAAAAUCUCUACUAAGUAUAUCGAUGAUGUUGAGCCGAGGUUGAAAACUCGAGGUACUCUGAAGUUGAUGUCUGUUUCUUGGCCAUAUAUGCCGAUUGCCAGCGGCAAUUUCCCCUGGGCAUCCAAGUUGAGCGUCCUCGUCUGUCAACACGACCAUUGCAUGGCAGGAAGGACGCAAUCUUCAGAAGGUUCUCUUGCACUAGGCAACAGAGCCACAGUUCAAAAGAAGGAUGCCGAGUUUGGCUUUAUUGGUGAGACUGAUGGCCACGCGAGUUGUUGCCGCGAGGCCCCCAUACAUUAUGACUGGUAUGACGUUAACAUCGCAGAAAAGAGCUCCCAAUGUCCUGUGCUGAAGUGGCUGAUACUGAAAGGGGCUUGUUGGCCCCGAAGCUCCGGCAGCACCCAGGAGGUGGACAAGCAUUCACGGACCUGGUAA